GGGGAGAUAACCAAUUUAACACCAAGAGCGCGUAAAUCAAGCUGUUCCCAUUCAAAAUGUUGCUACAACUGUUACGACUUGUUGCUGUAUUUGCCUCCAAUGAAAGACUGGAGGUGGGACAAGGUGAAUGAUACCAUGGUGAAUAUAAUGACCAGUCACAAUGAAUGGCUGUAUCAUCCCCGGGACUGACAUUGCAGUAGACUUUUGGAAGAUUAGGAAAGAACCCACCUCUCAUCUGACAUUUUUCCUCACCCAUCUCCACGGUGACCAUAUUGUAGGUUUGACAUCCUCAUGGUCUCGUCCAAUCUACUGCACAGAGGUCACUGCUCAACUGCUAGGGAAACGGCAUGGCCUUCAACCCAAGUACCUCAGACCUCUGGAGGUGGGAGAAUGUCACAUGAUCACAACCAGUGGGAAAAUGGAGACUAUUUGUGUGACAGUCAUCGAUGCCAACCACUGCCCUGGUGCGGCCAUGUUUUUGUUUGAGGGAACUUUUGGCAAGAUCCUACACACAGGGGAUUUCAGAUACCACCCUACCAUGUUUUGCAAACCAAGCCCCCUGUUUCCUCACAUUGAAAGUGUUGAUGUCCUGUACAUAGACAACACCUUCUGCAGCCCUGAAUGCCUGUUUCUCCGGGAAGAAGCUCGAGAGCAGAUCCUGGACAUCAUCAGACAACAUCCGGAAUAUGACAUCAUCAUCGGGGUGAGGAAGCUGGGCAAGGAGGAGCUUCUGGUGUGGCUAGCAGAACAACUCAAGGAAUGGAUCUCCGUCAGUGGAGAUAUGUUUGUUCUAGCAGAAAUCCUGAACCUACCAAGAGUGUUCCGGACUCAGGAUCCAUCCUGCAGGAUCAGGACUGUACCUUUCCAGAUGCUGAACAUGCAGAAGUGGAAUGCCACCAAACAGACCAUUGCAAUUCUGCCAACUUCUAUCUACACUGGCAUAGGUGCACAACCGUACGUGAAUCAAGACAAUGUCUUUGUUGUGCCCUAUUCUGACCACAGUUCCUAUAGAGAGCUUGUUGAGUUUGUAUCCAAGUUGAAACCUGCUUCAGUGGUGCCAAUCGUUCAUGGAGAUUCUAAAGGACCUUUCAAUGUUUCUUUGCAAUCUAGAGCAGAUAUGUCUGUAUUUGAUAAAUAUUGUCAAGCACAGUGUAACCAAAGGAGUUCUAUAAUGAGAGAAGUUCAUGUUGAAUGAGCUAGCUGAUGUUGAUCUCCAUCAUCAGGCAAGAAAACCAAGGCUAAAGAAACUAAGGUCAAAUCCUCGUUUUAAGAAGAGCACACCACGGGGUGUAGAGUUUGAGUCAUUAGAUCUAGAAGUAUCGGAUUGUACAACUGGAACCGGUGCAUCUGCUUCAGAGGUGUGGAACAAAACAUCCAACAAACACAAUGAUGUUGAGGAUGUGACAAAAGAAACCUUUAGUCCGAAGAAAGAUAAAUCAGGUAUUAGUGAUACUGAUGGUGAAGGGUUUUGCAAUGAAGAUGUUUGUUCAAUGAAUGAAGUUCCAGGGUCACAAGGAUUUGAAGCUUGUCAUGUUAUGUACCUACAACAUAUGAAGGGGAGGUCUAAACAGGGAGGAUGCAAGCAAGAGCUGGAUGAAGGUCCUCCUUUUGCUUGUCAAGGAGUGAGAUGCACUGUUGAUGAGACAAAUAAUAACAAAGGAGUUGAUGUACAUGAAGAAAACUGCACAGAGCUGCAGAAGGCUAAACCUUCAUCAGGAUGUGGGACACUAAGUAGUGGUGAUGUUAUGGAGUGCUUUGCAUCUGAGCGUGACUUUGAUGAAGCUGGGGAGGAUGACCAUCAUGAUGGCAAAUCUUUUGGUCAUACAGACCUGAUUGAGAGGGAUCUUCAUGUAGGUCUUGAUAGGGAUGCAGAAGUUGUAUUCCAGAAUGACUUGCAUGACAGUGAGCGUGACCUUUUCAAAAAUGAGUGUGACUCACAUGAGGGUCAGGAUGACCUAUGUAAAGAUGAUCGCAACUCACAUGAACGUGAUAGUGACCGACGUAAAGAUGUGGGUAUAAAUGACUCUGAUCAGGAUGGGAUUGACCAUCAUAAAGAUGUGGCUGGGAGUGACUGUGAUGAAGCUGAGCGUGAUGUCAUGUCUGUGUCGGAGUCUUCGCCAGAUUGUAAAUCAGCACACUCUGGUGAUGCUUCUGGAGAGCAGAGUGAAAGUCAAGAUGACUCCACCCCACACCAAGAACAUGCAUCGUCAGUGGGCACUUACAAGGACGCAAAUCCAUCAGUGUUGUCACUGGCUGGACAUCUGUCCUCAGGGAAGACUUCCAAAACGACAUCACAUUCUGAAUGCACGUCGACAGUGAGUGUGAAGAAGAGACAAAGAUGUGUCUACAGUUUCAAAAGAAAACGUUCUUUCUGUCCCACUUCUGAUGAUGAGGUGAGAGACAGGGAGGAGGAAGUACGUGAGGAUCAGAUUAAAACUGUUUCCUCACCCCUCUCAAAAAGACAAAGAUGUAACUCUAGCAGUGAUACUGAUAGGUCCUUUUCGAUGGAUCUCCAGUUGAGUUUGUCAGUGAAACGUGUGUUUGGUCACCCCUGUGAUACUGUAGCUCAGUCAAAAUACAAUACCGUUUUAUGUAUACAGAAGUGGUUGGAUCGUCACAGCUCACAGGGUGAUGAGCAAUGAACCCUGCAACCUAUAUUACCUGUUUUGAUGUGAUUGAGGCCAUAGUGCAAUUUCAGGGGUUUUCAGUACCUGCACUAGGUGCAACCUGUGUAACACCUCCUUAGCUCUUGCGACAACAUAAGGCAGCCAUUUUUAAUUAUCACCAGUGCAGCUUGCAAAUAGCAAAAUUGCUCCCUGAAGGGUCAAUGUAGAGUAUUAACUGAGUCAUGUGGAGAUGUCAUAGUGAACUGGACUGGACCCAAGACAUGUUAUCUUGUCUCAGUCAGUACUCAUGCACUCAGGGAUGGUGGGGUAGCCCAGUGGUUAAUGUGUUUGCUCGUCACACCAAAGACCCGGGUUCGAUUCCCCACAUGCCCCCGCCGUGAUAUUGCGGGAAUAUUGCUUAAAGCAGUGUGAAGCUGAACUCAUUUAAUGCCCUCAGCCAGUGGUUUACUGAUAUGAAUCUAUACAGGUAAUGGCUGUAAAACUUACUGUAGCAUAAAUCAAUAUGCAUGUAUUCACUCUCUCUCAGGUUUCAAUAACAAACAAGAAAAGUUUAGACAUUAUACAACAAACAAAUGAUGCUGUUUCCAAUUUACAUAACAAAAUAAAAAGACUUUUAAUACC